ACAAAGGUGGCUCUGGUUUGCUUGGUUUUUAACACUGGGUGUCUGGCUCACCUGCGUGGUCUGCCCUUCCUCGGGACUCUACGACUCUACCAUCUGCGAAAGAAGGAUCAAGAGGACAGAUUCUGGAACCGGCGUCAAGAACUACAGCAGCCAACAGCGUUUACCCAUCCUGCCACUCCGAUUCGAACAACACAAGCCCCCCGACUCCGCCCCGACAUACAUGCUCGGCACGCUACACAGCCGUCGUUUCCUUGCGGUUAGUCGGACGUCUGAUGCAUCCGCGACGGACUUGGAGGGCAAUGCCCAUUUGGAUGUUUGGCCGCGGUUCAUGGGCAUCAAUCAAAGCUUGGCAGCGGACUUAGCGUUGUGGGCUAUCUUCCCAAACCCAGGAGGCGGGCCUGGUCGGGCAGGCCAGCCCAGGACUGAGGUAUGGGGAAUAGGGGGCAGGUGGAUGCGGUGCGAAAAUUGUGAGAAACGGCAAAUGGCACCAUGCAACGGCGACAAGGACUGGUAUGUAUUGUAUGCUGCGGCAGUUAUACUCACACCAACUAGAUCCGACAAUCUAUCCGUCACUGUCCCUGUCGCGAAGCAAACGAAUCUAGCAAUAGGGAUUAGAAUUGGGGAAAGGGUGGAAUGGACGGGGGAGAUAACGUACUGCAUGGGCAACCCAUGAGACCACUACUGACAGAAAGGGUAAGUUUGCGAGGCGCCGUCUCCGUACUUU